AUGGUUCAAUCACCCUUGGAAGACGGCAUCAUUGCCUGUACCGGGCGUAUAAGGGAAUGCAUCUCGGCCUGCUCCGCCGCCGAAUUUCAAUGCGCCAGCCUUGCCAGCCAGAUUGCAGAGAUGCCAGCUUUGUCUACAACAGAUCAUCUUGAGGCCGAAUUACGCCUACAGGAUGAGAUCAAGGCUACUCACGCAAAGACCGGACUUCAAGCACAAAUCGAGCUUCUACAGCUAGUCAAAUCAUCGGGUUGGACCACAACUAGAAUGUCUGUCACAAAAGCCCUCUGGGAGAUAUUUCCUGUCAGCCAAGAUGAUAUUGAAGCUCGGAAUCGUUUUGAAGUAGAUCGCCGGGCGUCGAUAUCUCGAACCGGGAAGCUACUCGGCGUCGAAAACCCCAAUGCUUUGAGACUCCCUGGAAGACAGAUCAGACGACGGGCCCAGGCACCUACGCCCGUAGCCAGGACACCGACAUUGGUGUUUCCCCCGAAGCACAGUCUACCACAACUCGACUCACCCACUCCGAAGAGAGCACGAGAGGAUGAGCCUAAGGCAUUCAAUCUGCCAACACCCACAACUGUUCCCAGGCAGUCAAGCCGCCUUUCUACUAUACCCAGCCCCGACUACUCAAUAGCAAGAGCAUUUUCGGCUUUGGAUGCAGAAGAGCCUGCCCUUCAAGAGACGGCUCAAUCCGAGGACAUCUCUGUCGCCUGCAAUGAGUAUGUCGACUCUGAUGAGGCUUUCGAAUGGUUAGAAGAAGAGUCUGAAUCAGAUGACGCUUUCGACGACUGGCAAGAAGAGCUACUCGAUAACAUCGAUGUGGAGGGCCUGGAACAGAACGAGUCUAGAACACUUGCAGACAAUCGCCAUGCCGCAGCAUCUACUGUCUUGGUGCCCUUCGUUGACGAAGAUGGCCUCACGCGAAUUGGGACCCAACCGAUGAAACCAGCAUUAUAUAUUGGUUGGGCACCAAAAAAAGAAGCUUGCAGCCGCAUUAGGAAUCGGGUUCUAUGCCUAUGGAAUAUGAUCGACCGAAAAUUCAUAGUCACAGUUCCUGUCAACCACAACGCGGAGAUCAAGGCCAUUGAAGACAGGAUUACUGGAUCCUUGAGCAAGUAUGCCGACGACGACACCAAAGUCAUACGCCGCUGCGACUAUACAGGCGUCGAGAUGUCUUGGGCAGCUGGGCCGCAGUCUUGGUCCAUCGAGGCGAUCUACCCGUACAUCGUGUCCAAUCGGCGAGUUGCAUACCAUGCAGCCCAGAAUGUAAGCGUGGUAUCAACAAGCCUCAAUUGGGCCAAGGGGAGGGGUGCGCCGGUUUUGUUGCCUCUUCUUGCCACUUGGCUAAACGUCUGUGAUGAGGAAAUUGGUUUUGAGCAGCGAAAAGGGAAAUGGGCCUGGGCAUUCAAUGCCAUUUCAAACGAGAGCCUUCUCGCUAGUGUUUAUGGUCUUCGCCUUAACCACCAAACUCAAAUCGACAAGUGGGCAAAAUGGGCGCCAGAGAAGCAAAGACAGGCCCUCGAAACUUUGCGAACUGGCAGCAAGACUGACGACCUCACCCGCGAGCUUGCCGGAUGCACAGGGAAGCUCUUUUACCUGCGAACCAAAAAAGAGCUAAUUAAAACCAGGGUGGUGCAGCAUGACAACGCUUAG